CGCGCCGCCCUGGGAGCCGCAGCUGGUCCCGGCCCUGCGGCCUGCGGGGGAGGCUGCCCGGAGGAGGCGGCGACGGUGGCGGCGGCGGUACGUCCCCGGCCCCCUGGACCAGCUUUCUUACUGCCAGGUCUACCCAUCUGUCCAUCCAUACGUGGGGAUCCGCAAUGGCCACCUUCAGCCGCCAGGAAUUUUUCCAGCAGCUGCUGCAUGGCUGUCUCCUGCCUACUGCCCAGCAGGGCCUUGACCAGAUCUGGCUGCUCCUUGCCAUCUGCCUCGCCUGCCGCCUCCUCUGGAGGCUUGGGUUGCCAUCCUACCUGAAGCAUGCAAGCACCGUGGCAGGCGGGUUCUUCAGCCUCUACCACUUCUUCCAGCUGCACAUGGUUUGGGUCGUGCUGCUCAGCCUCCUGUGCUACCUCGUGCUGUUCCUCUGCCGACAUUCCUCCCAUCGCGGCGUCUUCCUCUCCGUCACCAUCCUCAUCUACCUACUGAUGGGGUAUGGGUGUAUGUCCUCAUCUCCACGCUAUCGGCAGAAGGGCGGUGAGAUGCACAUGGUGGACACUGUGACAUGGCACAAGAUGAGAGGGGCCCAGAUGAUCGUGGCCAUGAAGGCGGUGUCUCUGGGCUUCGACCUGGACCGGGGCGAGGUGGGUGCAGUGCCCUCGCCCGUGGAGUUCAUGGGCUACCUCUACUUCGUGGGCACCAUCGUCUUUGGGCCCUGGAUAUCCUUCCACAGCUACCUACAGGCCGUCCAAGGCCGCCCGCUGAGCCGCCGAUGGCUGCAGAAGGUGGCCCGGAGCCUGGCGCUGGCCCUGCUGUGCCUUGUGCUGUCCACCUGUGUGGGCCCCUACCUCUUCCCGUACUUCAUCCCCCUUGAUGGUGACCGCCUCCUUCGCAAGUGGCUGCGAGCCUACGAGAGUGCUGUCUCCUUCCACUUCAGCAACUAUUUUGUGGGCUUUCUGUCCGAGGCCACGGCCACGUUGGCGGGGGCCGGCUUCACCGAGGAGAAGGAUCACCUGGAAUGGGACCUGACGGUCUCUAAGCCACUGAACGUGGAGCUGCCCCGGUCCAUGGUGGAAGUGGUCACAAGCUGGAACCUGCCCAUGUCUUAUUGGCUAAAUAACUAUGUUUUCAAGAAUGCUCUCCGCCUGGGGACCUUCUCAGCUGUGUUGGUCACCUAUGCAGCCAGCGCCCUCCUGCACGGCUUCAGCUUCCACCUGGCUGCGGUGCUGCUGUCCCUGGCAUUUAUCACUUACGUGGAGCACGUCCUCCGAAAGCGCCUGGCUCGGAUCCUCAGUGCCUGUGUCUUGUCGAAACGGUGCCCACCAGACUGUUCACACCAGCAUCGCUUGGGCCUGGGGGUGCGAGCCUUAAACCUGCUCUUUGGGGCCCUGGCCAUCUUCCACCUGGCCUACCUGGGCUCCCUGUUUGACGUUGAUGUGGACGACACCACAGAGGAGCAGGGCUACGGCAUGGCAUACACUGUCCACAAAUGGUCAGAGCUCAGCUGGGCCAGUCACUGGGUCACUUUUGGAUGCUGGAUCUUCUACCGUCUCAUAGGCUGAGGCACAUCUCUGGACCCUCACAGCUCCCUCAAGACCCCUCCUCAGGGUGCCAGCUCUGAUGGGGGAUGAGGGAAGGCCCUCUCUCUAAUUCUUGACCCUCUCUCCAUUCUUGACCCCCUCAACACCUAUACAUAAACACACACACAUACAUACACACACACACCAUUUCCAUGCCUGUCAAAUCCCCACCCCACCACAAGGCGGGAAGGGAGUGGUCCCUGCUGGGGCCUAGGGGGUGGGAGAUGCUUGGGGAAGCAGAGAGGGGGAGAUCCAGGGCCUCCCCGCCUUCCUUGUCCCUUUUUAUAUACAGUUUGUUAUUAUCAAAUAAAAGUAGGAAAUAUA